AUGGCGUUUGCAAAGUUGGCCUUGCUUGUUGCUCUCUUGUUGAUAAUAUCCAACUGUAACAGCGCAGAAAAUGUUUCCAGUGAUGGUCUCUUACCGUCCUCGAAUGUUUGUGUAAACUGCUCAAUCUGUCCAUACACAUGCCAGUCUCAACCUCCGCCAUCGCCGUCAGGGUACCCAUCAUACGGAGCUCCACCACCACCUGGACAAGCUAAUUGUCCACCAACACCGGCAGUUCAGUGCUGUCAGCAACAUCCCCCUCCAAACCCUUAUGGUUAUUUCCCUUAUGAUAAUAAUUCAGCUUCAUUAAUGUUUGCCUCAGUUGAAGAUCUUCUUGUGUCAGUAAUAAUCAAUUGGCAGUGCUAG